AAUACUUUCAACACUACUAUAUAACAAAUAAUUUGAGCAAGAAUCACAAUGGUGAUCCGGAGAUAAGAAGGAGAUAAGAAUCAUGGAGACACCAGUGUAUCAGGAACUGUCGUGGAACACCGUUCCACAACCGUGUAAACAGAAGGACUACAGACUAUUGGAGCAGCGCCGAAAUGCCCUGAUCCAGAGCCUGCAGCAAGCCCCAGCGAACAGAGUUGACCUGGAGAAGCAGCUUCACAACGUACAAACAGAGAUGUACAUGUACCAGAACUCACAGAAACAAAACUACAACGACUUCCUCUCCUACAGGACGCCUCACCCCUCCUCUGAUCCACCCCCAAUGGAGUCCGAUCUGAUGGAUAUGCUGGGCAUGCCCCAGUCCGGCAAUACGUGGAGCAAUAAACAGUUCAUUGACUCCGGUAUCGCUUCUGGAAGCACCACCUCCCCUCCGAGUGAUGACGGUGGAAACAACGACUAUCAAAACGGAAUUGACGAUGAACUGGCAAUGCACAACAUUCCUUCCUUCGAUUGGGAUGUUCCUUAUAGCAAGAGUUCCUUCAACCAGACCCAAUCAAGGUCCCAGAGGUUGCGUGCGGAGCUGUUCCCGGAUGCAAGCGAGGAGGCGACCCCAACACCCACCCCUACUCACACCUCUCCCACCACACCCGUCACCACCACCUUGCAGACUCUGGGAGAGCCCACCCCCGUCUCUCACAACACUAUUGACAACAUCGCUCAUUACCAGGAUGACGCGGAACUGGCGAUGCAAGCCAUCCCGGAGUUUGCGAAGCUGCUCAGCUCCAAGAGCGCGGAAGUGUUGGUUUCCGUGACGACCUGCAUCCAUCAGCUGAGCAAGAAGGAGACGAGCAUGCAUGCUCUGCUGAGCUACCCGCAACUUAUGCCUACUCUCCUACACACACUGGGGACCGCUACUGAUCAAGAGGUUAUCCGGUGCUGCACCGGGACUCUUCACAAUCUCUCCUACCUACGAGAAGGUCUAGAGUCAAUACAGAAGUUCAGAGGGAUCCCAAUCCUUUGCGAACUCCUCAGCAACUCUUCUGAGAACGUCCUCUACUACACUAUAACCACACUGCACAACAUGAUUCAGCGUCACAAGUCGAGUCAGCUGGACAUAUGCCUAUCAGGCGGUCUGGAGAAGAUGGUAUCAGUCCUGAAGUACUCCGACAAGCCCCAGUUCGUAGCCAUGGUAGCGGAGUGUAUCCACCUGCUUUGCCACAGGAACCCAGACAAGAAACAGGCGGUAGCCGCGUGUUCCGGACCUCUACACCUGGUUAAACUCCUGCAGACCUCCUCCGUGGAGUAUGUCACCUGGGCGGUUGCCAGGGCACUGAAGACUCUCUCAGUGUGCAACAAGAACAAGAAGUGUAUCCUAGAAGCUGGAGGAAUGCAGGCUCUAGCCAGGCACCUGGACACAGGGUCUCAGCGGGUAACAGAGGAGGUUCUUUACACAAUGAGGAACCUGUCUAACGCAGUGAAGGGGAGCAGUGUGGAGAACGCGGACCCUAUUCUCACUAAACUGAUGGACGUGCUUGCCAGAACUAACAUCAACCUCAUAGCCUGCUCAGUGGGAUGCCUCUCAAACCUUACCUGUAACAACCCAAAUAACAAGAAGACAGUGUUCAGAGCUGGAGGUUUGGACACCCUGCUCAGAUGUCUCCUCCAGAACCAAGCUAUACCCUCAGUAGCAGAACCCUUACUGUGCACUUUACGACACAUCAACUACAAACACAGUGAGUACGAACAAACCCAACACGCCUUCAGAACAAGUGGGGGGAUCAGCCUCAUUACAAAGGUCCUGUCCACGGCUCAGCAUUGGGCCGUCAUAAAGGCUGCCUGCGGCUUGAUUCGGAACCUGGCCUUAAACGCCGCUAAUAUUCCCUUCUUCAAAGAGACCGGUCUACUUCUGCAUCUGAUCCAGGCUUGCCUGAGGAUAACGGAUCACUACAAAGGGGGAAUCAGCGAGAAUCGAGACGGUAUUAAAUUAGAGGACAUCAUGUGGGAGUCCCUGAAAACCCUGGAGUCUGUUUCUUGUCAUCCUGAAAUCAGAGCUCAGCUAGAUAAUCCAAUAUCGGCUCAUCUCCUCAUGAAAUGUAUUAACAGUAACAAUGAGAACUUGGUACAAGUUGCACUCAGCUCUGUUGUUCAGUUUGAGAAUAACGAGAAUUUUAUGGUGUUGAUCAAGAACGAUCCCCGGUUUGAACUGAUUGGAAAACUGUGCCACUUCCGGAAUCCCAAGAUAGCCCAGAUGGCAGCAGUGCUGUCAAACAGGCUGACUGAGAUCCAAGUGGACGUGAAACCCCCCACAGCAAUGGAGCAGCAACAGCACCACACCCCGGCUAUGUUCGUGAACGGGGGAGUACAGUGGGGUGAAGGAGUGCCACAUGUCCGUACCGACAGUGGAACUACCACCUCUCACCUGAACGAUGUGGUGGAUCUAGACGCCACAACAGCUCAGUACCGUAACGACAGCUUCAUCAAGUCCCCGAGUAGCAUCCCAGUAGCACCACCAGGAGGAGGAGGGCAGCUACAAGCCUCCCCUCACCAGCAGUACUCCCCCCGGUACCAUGCACCAUCCCCUCACAUCCAACAGUCCUCCUACAACGGUGUAGCCUUCCCCACCACCUUCUCCGGGGGCACCGCCUCCCCUCACUACACGGCACAGUCCACCUACCACCCCUUCCCAGGAUACCAACCCAAUGGCUAUCAGCCCCCGCAGCCUCCUCAGAACUCUAGAAACUGGUAUACGGCUAUCUGAUAGUUCAUUGCGGGCCGCUACUUCAACCCUUAUAAUUUAUUGUUAUGAGAUGUGUGCGUCAUGUGCCGGAUCGGGCCUGGUUUAAGAGGGAGUUCAGACUAAAUAUCGGAGCGGAGUAUAACACGUGAUCAAUCUCAUGUGACCCCCACGGAGACCCACCCGCCACCCACAACUAACAUAUCGAACAAAAAUAUGAGAGAUUUUCAUGAACUAUAAUGUGCGCGAUUGUGUGGAGUUCUCCAGUCCGCCGGUAGCAGAGGGAAAGUGAAAGUGAAAGUAAAAUAAACCUGGCCGUCGAACCACGAGGAUGUAAGCAGUGAUGUCGAAGUGGAGCAUUAAACUCAUAUCUUAAUUUUAUUGUUUUGAUUAUUUUUACUACUCUUAAUGAUGAAGUUUUUUUCUAAAUCCGAAGAAAACAUUAAUGAAAGCAAUGCUUACUAAUAAUGAAUAGAAAGCAAUGCUUACUAAUAAUGAAUAGAAAGCAAUGCUUACUAAUAAAACAAGUUUUAUACAAUAUACUAGAGAAAGUAAUGCUCCAACUGAAUGAAUUGCAAAUGAGUUAUACCACUUUGAGAAGUUUUAAUCUACUGCCAAAAACCAAUUAAAUUAUAACUUUGGUGGGGUGGAGCAGCCUCGAUCUGUCUCCUAAACUAACGGACACUUCAUGUCUGUCUCCUAAACUAACGGACACUUCAUGUCUGUCUCACUACUCCUAAGAGUUAAUACUUGUACCCAUGCUCUAAGAGACAGUUUGAUGCUUCUUCAUCCGCCGAUAUUUUAUACGCCUCGUAUUAGUGUAGUACUGUGUACGGUGUGUGUUCUUUUGUGCUUUUAUCAUUUUAUACGACUUGGACGAAGCCCUUAUGUGCGUCGGGCUUUUAGACACUUAUAAUUGGCCCUAAUCGCUGAUCAAAAAGAAAAAGUUGAUUGAUGAUUAUAUUUAAGCAUCUGAUGCAUGAACUGCUAGUCAUGUUUUGUCAUGUUAUAUGCUUCUUGAAUAUUUUCGGAAAUUUAAACCAAAGCUCUACAGCCGCUUGGUGUAUUCGAGUUCUAACUUGAAGCCCGUCGUAACAUUUUAGUUUCGCACUAUUUGGGAUAAAGCCCGCGCCUAUUAUUUAAUUUUAUCAUUAGGAUGCAUUAACAAUGACAUUUUAGUAUUUUAAACAUUGAAA